AGUGGUUGCCUGGGAGACAGAGGACGCUACAUGCUGGGCUGCAGUAAAUAUAGUCGAGUUUACAAUUGCAGGCCUCUGCUGUGAUUUUAAAGGUCCCGUGUCCCAGAGGAGCUGGAUGAUUUAGCUUUGAAGGAAGAAGUGAUCUAUCCCUCAGUGGAUUACCCCACAGCCAAGAUGGCCCAGUCUUCUCCUGCUGAUGAAGGGACCACCUUCGAACAUCUCUGGAGUAGCCUGGAACCGGACAGUACUUAUUUCGAUCUUCCACCAAACAGCCACUCGGGUAACAACGAGGCAACCGCCAGCUUGUCAACAAACAGGGCGGAGGUGUGCAUGGACGUCUUUCAGAUGCGGGGCAUGAAUGAAACAGUCAUGUCCCAGUACAAUCUGCUGAACAGCAGCAUGGAUCAAAGCCUGGGCAGCCGAGCCGCCUCUGCCAGCCCGUACAGCUCUGAGCACACCUCGAAUGUCCCGACGCCUUCGCCCUACUCGCAGCCCAACUCUACCUUCGAUGCCAUGUCUCCCGCGCCAGCCAUCCCCUCCAACACUGACUACCCGGGGCCACACAGCUUCGAGGUCACCUUCCAGCAAUCCAGUACAGCCAAGUCAGCCACCUGGACGUACUCUCCCCUGCUGAAGAAGCUGUACUGUCAGAUUGCCAAGACCUGUCCCAUACAGAUCAAGCUGUCCUCGCUGGCCCCCCCGGGCAGUGUGAUCCGAGCGAUGCCAGUCUAUAAGAAGGCAGAGCAUGUGACCGAAGUGGUGAAGCGCUGCCCCAACCACGAGCUUGGCAGGGACUUCAAUGACGGUCAGGUGGCUCCAGCGAGUCACCUGAUUCGAGUGGAAGGGAAUAACCUGUCCCAGUACGUAGAUGACCCAGUGACUGGGAGGCAGAGUGUGAUGGUACCUUAUGAGUCACCACAGGUUGGAACAGAAUGCACUACGAUCUUGUACAACUUCAUGUGUAACAGCAGUUGUGUGGGAGGCAUGAACAGAAGACCCAUUCUUAUUAUUAUAACUCUGGAGACCAGAGAUGGCCAGGUCCUGGGUCGCAGGUCGUUUGAGGGGCGUAUCUGCGCCUGUCCUGGGCGGGACAGGAAAGCAGACGAGGAUCACUUCCGCGAGCAGCAGGCCAUGAACGACAGCGUGAACAAAAACGGCAACGCAAACAAACGCACUUUUAAACAGACACCUCCGAACAUCCCAGGCCCCAGCAUCAAUAUGAAAAAGCGACGACAUGGUGAAGAGGAGAUUUAUUAUAUUCCUGUGCGUGGCCGGGAGAACUUCGAGAUCCUGAUGAAGAUCAAGGACAGUCUGGAGCUGGUGGAGCUGGUCCCUCAGCAACUGGUAGACUCGUACAGACAGCAACAGCAGCAGCUGCUCCAGAGACAGAACCCCAUCCAGUCCCCCACCUCUUACGGCUCUGUGCUCCCCAACAUGAGCAAGAUGCACGGAGGAAUCAACAAGCUGCCUUCCGUCAACCAGCUCGUGGGACAGCAACCCCAGCAAAGCCAGAGCGCAGCACCCAGCAUGGGACCCAUGGGUCCCGGCAUGAUGAACAGUCACCACAUGCAGCAGAACGGUGACAUGAAUGGAGGUCAUUCUGCCCAGUCAAUGGUGUCCGCAUCCCACUGCACCCCUCCCCCGCAAUAUAACCCUGACCCCAGCCUCGUCAGUUUUUUAUCGAGUCUCGGAUGUCAAAACUGCAUUGAAUACUUCACAUCCCAGGGGUUACAGAACCUGUACCAUCUCCAGAACCUAACCAUGGAGGACCUCGUGGCUCUGAAGAUCCCAGAGCAGCUCCGCCUGGUUAUCUGGAGAGGGCUCCAGGACCUGAAACAGGGUCACGACUACGGGGGCCAGCAGCUGAUCCGCUCCUCCAGCAGCAACACCUCCACCAUGGCCAUCGGCCCCACGGGGGAGCUGCAGCGGCAGCGCGUCAUGGAGGCCGUGCACUUCCGCGUGCGACACACCAUCACCAUCCCCAACCGCACUGGCACGGGAACCUCCGAGGACUGGCCUGACUUCGGCUUCGACGUCCCGGACUGCAAGUCCCGCAAGCAAUCCAUCAAGGAGGAGUUUACAGAAAACGAGAUCAAUUAGCGAACUGUCCACCACAGCAGCGACGAAACAAAAGAGGGCCGGGAGGGGAGGGGGUGUGGGGAGUUUACAGCGGAAACAAAAUAAACCAGAAAGACUCUUGAGAUUCUUCUUUUACCCCGUUAAAGGAGUUUUAAGUCAAGGCACUUUUUUUUUUUUUUUUUUUUUUAAAGUCGUGAGAGAUGGAAAUCUGGAGUUUUUAAACCGUGGUAUAUUGGCUCUUAUUUGACACUCGCUGUCUUUAAUUUGGACAUUUAAAAAUAAAAAGGAGCGGUCUUGAAUAUCGGGGGUGGGGUAAUCGAAACACUACAGUAAGGGUUUUCCAAAUGUGAAUUUUGUGCAGCUGAAGCAGGUCUUGUUUUCGAGGAAUAAGGAGGUAUUUAGGUUGUAGGGCUCACCAGUGUUUUUCACAUACUGAUGUUAUAAAGGGAGAGUGUUCAAACACCUGUUUGGUCUAGUCUAGUAUUUUGUGGUCGGGUUUGCUGUCCUAAAAUAAAUUUAAAAACCAAGGAGAAAAUGAUGCAUUGUAAAACACGGGGAGACUGUUGCUGUUACCUGCGUAGCUAGUGAACCGCCUUCCCUCCACUGAUAUUAACAAGGGGAGACCCACGCCCUAGAAUAGGAGCCACGCCCAGCCCCAUACUGACUAGAAUAGGAGCCACGCCCAGCCCCAUACUGACUAGAAUAGGAGCCACGCCCACCCCCAUACUGACUGGAAUACAAGCCACGCCCACCCCCAUACUGACUAGAAUAGGAGCCACGCCCACCCCCAUACUGACUGGAAUACAAGCCACGCCCACCCCCAUACUGACUGGAAUACAAGCCAUGCCCACCCCCAUACUGACUGGAAUACAAGCAACACCCACCCCCAUACUGACUGGAAUACAAGCCACACCCACCCCCAUACUGACUGGGAUAAAAGAGCUCCACCUCCUUCCUUCACUCCUCCCAGUCUCUGCCAUGCAUAUCUUUAGUCUGCCUGUGCGCAAUUUAUUCAACGGACUGCCAAAACGAACAGGAUGCUUCUGAGCGCGCGGAAAAUUAGGGAGAUUCAGUGACCAGCUAUCGACGAAUAUAUGUAAGAAAAAAUGUACAGUUGAAAGACAAAUUUGUUUUGCUCUUUUUAACAUUAAAACAAGUGUUCUCUGAUAAUGUGUUUAAAUGUGUGCCCUUAGAGACUGCUGUCGUUCCGUUGUGAAUGUUGCUUCUUAUGUAAAUGUAAAUACAUGUACAUUGAAACAGAUGCGUGAACAAUCACGUUUGUGUAUUUUUUGUGGGAUCAACCUUACAAGUGAUUUGUCACAUAAUAAUUUGAACUUUUUUUGUAUUAUUAUUAUUAUUGUUAUAUUAUUAUUUUUUAUUGAAAUAAUAAGAUUGGUAUUUACCAUUUUCAUAAAAAAAACAAAUACAGGAAUUUUUGUUUGUUAUUUUGUUUUUGAUGAAAUCGAUACUGUAUUCCUUUUAACAAGGCCUUCUGAUCGCUUAGUCAUUAUACACGAGCAGUUUUCCAUACUUACCCAGUGUAUAUGAUGCCUUAAAUCUCAGGAACACCAGACUGAUUGCAGAUCAUGAGCAUAUUUUAAUUUUCUUGGCUGUUAGCAGAUGGGACCUGUGCAAAAAGACAAGCUAUGUGGUUUUAAAAGAGGAUAUAGUUUCUAAUAAUAUAUGUAUAUAUCUGCAUGUAAUAAUGGUUUGUAGAAUCUGGGGGCAGUACACAGUAUGUGCACCGGUGAUUAAGGGCAGCUGAAACUGCGUAUUUGUGGUGUAAAAAAACCCCUAGAAAGUGCUUCUGUAUUAUUGAAUUGCUUGAUAUUAGAUUUGGGACUUUAACUACAGCAGUGUGCAAAUGUAUUAGAACACCCCGUUGCUUCUGUAGUUUUUAUAUGCUGUGUGUGUGAAAUCAAACCACUAACGAAAAAACCUUGGGAAAUUGGCAAAAUAGGCAAAUUAGUGAUUGUUUAAUUUAAUUGAUGGCUUUAAAAAGGCCACACAUGCAAUUAAUUAAUCUAAAAUAGUAAGAGAAAAGGAACACAUAGCCACAAAUGAUAAAAUGCAGGAGACUAUUUAGAAGUUGUUUAAGAUGCCUAAUUUAAAAAUGGUCUAACAUUUUCACACUAGUGCCUAAUGUUUCUAUAUCAGUGAUUAUUGACUGAAAAUUGAACUUCUCACACCCAGAAGUUUUCAUGCAGGUAGGUAUAUACAUACAGGAUAUAUAAAUGACCAACCAUGAGGUGUUCUGAUACAUUUACACACUACUGUAUAUUCCAGUUGGAAAUAAUACAGUGCGCUAUUUGUUACACUAGGUCCCUGUCUUUGUGAACCUGCUUCUAACUGAAUAGAAAACACUUUAUAUAUUUUUGCUGAAUGGGUGAUACUUUAUAAGAUUUGUAAACUGGAAAGAGCCCUUUUAAUCACACAAUCACAGGAGAGAACCAUUUCAGAUAACAUACAAUUGAUACAUGCAGUAAGUAACAUGGUAAGAUUUCGAUACAGCCACAGCUGUGGGGUUAUCUGUACUUAUUGUGGAAACUUACUGGUAGAAACAGGUGAGCAGACUGUGCUCCAGGUUAGGGUUAAACUGAGACGUUAGAUAAGCACACUUCUGUUCUACUUUAUCGUAAGCAGCGCAAUUUAAAUGAUCCGAGAAGCCUAAUCUAAGUUCUUAAUUUUGUUAUUUUGAUACGGUCCGUUGGUCUCUAUUUGAACUGUUUAGUAGUUGCUAGUUUGCAUUGAUGUGUCUCAGAUUGCCAGUACUCUACAAGCAGAAGAACUUGGUGAUGUUUUUUAGUUAUAUAUUAUUUGUCCGGUCUCAGAUUUCACUGCUAUGGCUUACAGCUCAGGGAUAGUGAUUUGUUUUUUUUUUGUUCUCCCUAGGCAGUAAACCACAACCGAUUUUCUCACCAUGUAUUUACAUAAUUAAUGUGUUUUUGAUCACAAAUCAUAUGCUGAAAUUUAUAUCUUCACCUCUCUGGUGCUAAAAAAAAAAGCUAAUCUUUAGUUUUGUUUUAGAAUCUAUUGUUAUUAUUCUGUAUAUUUUGGUUACUCCUCCUUGCAGUGCAAGGCAGCCUUUUCAUUUUUAAUUUUCUUUUUGUUGUGCACGCAAUGCCUAAGAGCUUGAGAUUGGGAUGUUUUUAUUCAUAUAUGAACUUGUCAUUGAGGCGAGAUGGAAACCUAUUUUUUCGUGCCUUUGGGUUUUAUUUUUAUUAUCCUGAAAGCACAUUUACUUGAUGUUUUACGUAUAGAAUUUAAGCGCUCUGCUGUAUUCAUGAUGCACUUAAUUUACCAUAUUUUACAAGUUGUUUUUUUUUUAACUUUUUUUAAUCUUGUAUAGAUGUUAACAGGGCUUUAAGGCAGGAAUUCAAAACUUGAAAACUUGCUGUAGUAAAAAGAAAAACUAAUAAACACUUUGCAGUCUAUUCAAUUGAUCUAAAUACCACCAUCAUUUAAAUCAAUAAAACAGAGAGUUACAUGCUCCAUUUGAACCAA